AGAGAGAGAGAGAGAGAGAGAGGACAGAACAUGAUGAGACAGAGAAGGUGGAAGGGUGUGUUUUCAGGAGAAACAGCUCCUCACUCCAAAAUAAUUUAAGGUGUUUUCUCUCUCUGUUUUUAAAAAUUUAAGGAAAAGGGGAGAACCUGGGGGGGUUAUUUGGUGGUUUUUGCCGGACAAGACAACCACCAGUUGUUGCGGCUCUCGCAAGAGAGAGAAAGAGAGGAAAACAGAAUGGAGAUGGCGACUGUGAGUGCGAGUGUGGUGGCGUCGUCGACGAGAUCUCAGUUCCUUCACUCCGGCUCCACCCACUUCCCUUGUCUCUGAUCCCCCCCCGCCGUCUUCCUUUGAGGAUACUCGCCGUUCUUUGUCGUCUUCUUCUUCUUUCGCAGGCGUUUUGCUGAUACUUGAACUCCUAUUGAUCUGUAGCAUAUACUUUGGUUUCUUCGUGGCCUCUCUAGAUAGGCUGGAUGGGUUCUAGAUUUCCAUCUCAUCAGCUAAGCAAUGGCCUAUACGUAUCAGGGCGGCCAGAGCAGCCGAAGGAAAAGACUCCGACCAUGAGUUCCGUUGCCAUGCCCUAUACAGGUGGUGACAUAAAAAAAUCUGGAGAACUGGGUAAAAUGUUUGACAUCCCUACAGAUGGCUCCAAAUCUAGGAAAUCAGGGCCUAUUGCAGGUGCCCCUUCGAGGACUGGAUCUUUUGGUGGAGCUGCUUCACACUCCGGUCCUAUUAUGCAUAAUACUUCUGGUCGGGCAAGCUACACUGCAUCUGGUCCUGUAACUUCUGGUCAGAUGUCCGGUUCUUCUUCAAUGAAGAAGACGAAUUCCGGGCCACUAAAUAAACAUGGAGAACCUAUAAAAAAGUCUUCUGGUCCUCAAUCUGGUGGAGUUACGCGCCAAAACUCUGGCCCUAUCCCUCCAGUUCUUCCAACCACAGGUCUCAUCACAUCAGGUCCUAUUUCCUCAGGUCCACUGAACUCAUCCGGGGCCCCUCGAAAAGUGUCUGGACCACUUGAAUCUGUUGGGUCAGUGAAACUUCAAAGCUCUGUUGCUCACCUUCAAGCCGUUACUACUCUAACCCAAGAUAAUGAAUCAUCUUUCUUGAGGAACCUGCCGAAGUCGAUAAUCUGGUCGGUGAUUCUAAUAUUCGUGAUGGGAUUUAUUGCUGGUGGUUUUAUACUUGGAGCUGUUCACAAUGCCAUUCUUCUAAUUGUGGUCGUGGUCCUCUUUGCCUUGGUUGCCACAUUGUUCACAUGGAACACUUGCAGGGGACGAAAGGCUAUCACAGACUAUAUCGCGCGUUAUCCUGAUAGCGAUCUCAGAACUGCAAAAAACGGCCAGUUUGUGAAGGUCUCAGGGGUGAUCACAUGUGGUAAUGUGCCCCUUCAGUCAUCUUUCCAUAAAGUGCCUAGAUGUGUCUAUACAUCUACAAGUUUGUAUGAGUAUAGAGGUUGGGAUUCGAAAGCAGCCAAUCCUAAACAUCGUCGUUUUACAUGGGGACUUAGAUCAGCAGAAAGACAUGUUGUGGACUUCUACAUCUCGGAUUUCCAGUCUGGAUUGAGAGCUUUGGUCAAGACUGGCUAUGGUGCGCGGGUUACUCCUUACGUGGAUGAUUCCAUUAUCAUUGAUGUUAAUCCAUCAAAUAAGGAUAUGUCUCCCGAGUUCAUCAGGUGGCUGGGGGAGAGGAACCUCUCAAGUGAUGAUCGUGUGAUGCGACUGAAAGAAGGGUACAUCAAAGAAGGCAGUACAGUCAGCGUGAUGGGUAUCGUCCAGAGGAAUGAUAACAUGCUCAUGAUCGUGCCUCCCCCUGAACCAUUUACCACUGGAUGCCAAUGGGCGCGAUGUAUAUUUCCCGCGAGCCUUGAUGGCAUUGUUCUGAGAUGCGAAGACACAUCAAAAAUCGAUGUAAUACCUGUGUAGCACUAUGUGUGUGAAAACUCUGUUCCUUCUGUCGACAAAUAUUUUGUUUGCUUUGUUGAUGUUGGCGGUAGUAGCGAUGUUUCAUAGUUACAUGGGGCAGUCAGAUUGGGAUGAUUUUAAAAUUGAGAAGUGUUUUUGUUCCCUCUUGUGUAUAGCUUUAAGAAAAAUUCUUUCUUUUACCAUAUUUUUACAGGGCUUUAGCUCUUGUAAUGGGGGGUUGGCUUUGAUGUAGUUGGGGGAAUGUUACGUUAUUGAGCAGAUUGUCUUCUGUGUUAAAUCAAGAGGAUUGUUUAUUUA